AUGGCGGUCGGAUGUUAUAGCGAAUCAGAAAAAAUAUUCAUACUUCACGGAGUCGAGGAUAAUUUUCGAUAUGACGGAAGAACUAGAAGCGAAUAUAGGCCUAUAGAAGUAGAAACUGAUGUUGUUUCUCAUGCUAACGGUUCAGCUCGACUUAGGUUGGCUAAUACAGAUAUUCUUGUCGGAGUCAAAGCAGAAAUUGUUAAGCCAACAAUUGAAAAUCCUGAUAAGGGAAAAAUUGAAUUUUUUGUCGAUUGUUCAGCAAAUGCGACACCUGCAUUUGAAAAAAGAGGCGGAGAAGAUUUAGCGAAUGAUUUAAGCUCAGCACUGACGAGAGCAUAUUCAGCUCCAGAAUCGUUAGAUUUAAAAUCACUUUGCAUAUUACCUAAAUUUCAAUGUUGGAAACUUUAUGUUGAUGUACUUAUAUUAGAAUGUGGUGGAAAUUUAUUCGAUGCUGUCGGAUUAGGAGUAAAAGCUGCUUUGAGAAAUACAUUCAUACCUAGAGUUGUCGCUGCUGCUUUAGACGGUUGCGAUCCUGAACUUGUCAUAUCUGAAGAUCCAUAUGAUUGUUGGAGACUUGAUACAUCCAAAACUCCUGUUUUUGUCACAGUCAUGAGGAUUGGUGAUCAUUGUGUUGUCGAUCCAGGCGCAGAAGAAGAAGCUGUUAGCGGUGGUGGACUUUUAGUUUCUUAUGGUUCAGGUUCGAUAACAUCAUUAUUAAAAAUAAGCGGUGGAAGUCUUCAUCCGAUAACAUUGAGAGAAAUGAUUCAGUUGGGUGGAAGCGCUGGAGAAUGUUUACAAGAUACAUUAGAAAGAGCAUUAAAAGAAGAAGAUUCAUUAGGACCUAAAAGAGAAAAAGCUGGAUUUCUCAAGUAA